CAACAAGCAUCAUUUGAAACAAGUAUCACGUUGUCGUCGAUACGAAUGCUCCACUCUUCCUUGACGAGCCUCAUCGUAAACGCCUUUCCCUCAUCCAACCCCCCCCCUUAUUCCUUCACUUCAAACCUCCCUCGCAUGCCCCUGUCUGGAUCUGUCCAGCGGCAGAGGCGGUGUGGAGAGGUGUCCCUGCUGGCCGCCAUUCGGGGUUUCGGACGCGAAGGCUAUCCACCCCCUCCGUCGUCGUCGUUUCGCCCGUUGCUCCAGUUGGCCUUCCUUUGGCAUGGCUGGUCUCGCAACCGGCAGUUGGCUGGCCCGCAAACCCUGCUGCACGGCUCCAUCGUCUGUCCGCUCCGUUUCGCCGCUCUGACAGCCUCACCCGGCGAUUUCCUCGCCACUCCGUCUGCAUCCAGCCGAGUCGAUUCCGCUGGAUGAGGUCCGCGUUGUGGACGAUGUCCAACUGGGCCCAAAAGGCAGCGGCGACCAAAUGCCUCGGUGGCAUGGGAAUGUGUUCCUUCACACGCAGAACGACUCAACGACCAAUUCCCGUCUGGAUCCUGUACGCACACAUGUUCCAUACGUCCAUUCGUCCAGUGUGUCCAAGAGUAUUACCAUCCAAAACUGCCAAGAGUACUGCUCUUCCGCCCAUUUUUAAGAACAUAGGCUCCCCUCCCAACGAUCUUGUGAGCAAAGAGCAACCCCAGCGAGCCCUCCUCGGCGACCCGCAUCAUGGCCGUCGAAUCAGGUCCACAAUAGCAUAUUCCCACCCAAUCGGCUGGGGCCACUACGUCACCAGUGUCUUUGCAGGCGCUUGAACAACGACGACGUAUCCCCUGCCACCAGUCAUUGUGGUCGAAUGUGUUUCAGAUGAGUGCAUUUCAGCAAUCGGGCGACUCGCUCCCCGUUUCAUUUUGCGAGCCCCCGAGACUGGCCAUUUUGUUGCCGGUGCUCGAGUCAGUUCGGUUACUCAUCUGAAGAAGCCUGGGGUCUGGAUUGUCUCUUCAAAUCAACCCUGUUGCCUUUGCGAGCCAUCGAGCCCAGCGAUCCAGAAUGGGCAUCCCUUCUCCUCAAGCCCAGUGGGC